CAUUUUGUUUCUGUGUAACUGUCGUAUUUUGCUCCCGAAGUGAGCAACGUGAGGAACGAAAUUGCUUACAUAAUUAGCAGACGACAACCAAAGGGGAUAUCAUCUGCUUAUACUGAAAGGCAGUGAUGAAAUAACGUAACGAGGAGAAGUCUCUGCCUGCCAAAGCGAACAAUCACCAUCUGGGGAGCUGCGUCAUAACUGCGCUUCACAACACCGCCAUUUGGCUAUUUUGACUACGGAAAGCUCUCAUGCGCUGUUCAAUACAGUGAAGUCUGUCUUCAAAGAGCCUGAGUACUUGAUGAAUGGUGCUUGAAAUGGGAUGUUUUCAAACAAAAUUAAAGUCAAUGCCGGAAGAGGGUUCAGAGGGAGAAAGACGGCAUUCAGGAAGCAAGACAUAUUCAUGGGACCACAGAAAGCGUGAAAUCAACCCCAAAGGGUACACGGUCGAGAAUUUGAAAGGACAGACUGUUGGCCGCGCACCUGGCACAGUUAACGGACAACAAUUUAUCAUUCAAAACUGUGAGGACAGCAACAUCUACAUUUUUGAUCACUUAAAUACGGUCACUGUUGAUGACUGCAACAACUGCAACAUCUUCCUUGGUCCCACAAAGGCGAGCAUUUUCUUGCGUGACUGCAAGGACUGCCGCGUAGCAGCCAUCUGCCAGCAGCUGAGGACCCGUGACUGCCAUCGCGUGGACUGCUUCCUGUGUUGCGCUACCCAGCCCUCCAUUGAGUCGAGCAGUGAGAUGAGAUUUGGCUGCCUUUGUAUUUCGUACAAACAGCUCGAAGACCAGUUUAAGUAUGCGUGCCUGAGCCCAUUCAACAACAACUGGCAGCACGUUUACGAUUUCACACCCGACAGCGUGGAACCAAAUUGGACACUUUUUCCACAUGAUGUGAGGAUGGAGGAUUUCUUGCCCGUACCAGCAACACCGGAGCUGUCUUCUGUGCUGCUUAGUAUGGACCCUGGAACGAGUGCUGUGCCGAGAACGCCCUCUCCUAGUGAGCGGCUAACAGGCGAUAAGCAGAGAUGUCUAGUGGUAUUCUUCUCGGACGGCCAGUCACAGCAGCGAGCAGUGUCCUUCAUACGUGAAAUGGAAAAGACGCCAAACACAUUGGUUCGGACCUUGGAGGUUGCAAUAACGGAGCAGGAUGCACAGCGCAUUUUUGGCACAGAUUCUUAUGCCAAGGUUGCCAGAAGUGGCCCCGUUAUAGCGGCCGAAUAUGCGGGAAGUGACUGCAUCAAAUCCUGCCAAGAAAUUGCCAAGGCCAUCGCCACUGACACUGGCUCUACGGGCAUGGUCUACGUGAGCAGCCAUUCACGCUUCGCAUCCCAGCAGCUGGAAACGUUAUUCUCCAUCACCGCGAGCUUCAACCCUUAUCCUGGUGCGUGAUGAGGUUGAAGUUGUGGUGCCCAGUAGGGUGUUGGACGUAAGUGUUUAGUGUGGGAGAAUAGGUGACAGGGUUCCCACCAAAAGCCAGGUGACAGGAUUUUUCUCGCAACCCAAAGAUGGUGCUAUCUUCUCUUUAGCCGUUUUGAUAUUGUAAUGGCUCGUCAUUGAAUUUGUCGCUGCAUAGGGCUACGCAUCGUGUAUAAUGCAGAUAUGUUUUGUUUCUCUUUGGUAUUGAUUCAAUGGGUGUAUCCCGUUUGAAACCAUUAAAAAUAAUCUUUCAAAAAUAAACGCGUAAGUACCCACUGUUAAAGAUAUAUCUCCCAGAAUAUACGCACAAAAAUAAUCGCCGAAAUGUCCCCGUUUAAAUAUAAACGCUAAGGAAUCCACGGUUAAGAAUAUAUCGUUAAAAAUAAAUCGUUUCAGAAUCCCCCCAAAUCCACCCUACAGUUGCUAGAGUCAUGUGGUAUGGCCCAAAUCAAGGUGAACUGCAAGCAAGGGGCUUUACCUAACCUCACAGGACCAAACUAGCCUAAACUAUCCCAAACUAACCGAAACCAAACUAAACUAACCUAACAUAACAUAUGAUAUAACCCGGCGUAAAUUGCAAUCAGUCCGCCUCCGUGCUAGAUGGUGAGGGGAUUUUGAAACAGUUUAUUUUUAAUGGUGGAUUAUUAAACGGUGAUCUCUAAGCGGGGAUAGUAAGCGGUUUAUUUUAGGAGAUAUAUUUUUAACCGGGUAUUUUUUAAGCGGAUUAUUUUUGAAUGUUUUAUUCUUAAACGUUUAUUCUUAAUGGUGAAUUUCAGGGACCCCCCGAUUCAAUCCAGUGUGACAUUGCACCAAAGCAAUUGCUGGAUCAGUCCAGUGCCUCAUUCAUGCCCAUUAAUACCAGUCACACAGUGGCGUAACCUGCGAGGGUAUCGCUGGUUCAGGCCCCCCACAAAAUCAUACUUUUGGUAGUGCAUUUGGCAGAGGCAAAAGAGGGAAUAAAGUCCUCCUCCUCUCCAUAUAAAGUUCUCAUAGAACCCCUCCCAAAAUAUUUUUCUGACUGCGCUACUGCAGUGACAUAUAUGCAAGUAGAACCGCUAGUUGACGUAGUUGCACACGCACUCGUGAAUGUUGCACAACCAUACCCUGAACCAAGUAGUAUAUGCUGUUGCAUGUGGCCUUAAUGUGUGUGACCUGUCAAGCACGAUUUGCAGAUAAAUACGACCCACAGGGGUUCCAAAUACCGGUCACUAAAGUCCGCCCACAUAAAAGAAAAGAAAAAAGUGUUCUUUUUCAUAAGUUGCUCAUGCAAGAUUAGGGUCUGACUUUUCCAGAUAAAAUCCUAUUUUACACUUAUCUACCUCCAAUCAAUUUCCUUUCUAUUUUCUUUCUUUUUAUUUCAUUUCUUACGAGUUAAACCCUGUCUAUCGACUUUACAGCUCUAGUGCACCAAAAGAGCCCAGAAACACCACAGCUAGCAGCAUUUUGAGCAUAAUGUAAGUGUGGCUUGAUGCAGUAUUGGCUUUGCUUUUAUUAGAACUUUUGAUGACGUCCGAAUGCACCUGAUGGCAUCCCAAAUUACAUCCUUGAUGCAGCCAGCUUUCAUGCCUCAAAUUUCCGAAUGGCAUCUGAUUCAGGAAAGGUCAGACCCUAAUUAUAGUAGGUUCAAUUCAAUUCAAUUCAAUUCAAUUUAUUUAUUCCUUUCGGUUGGAAGGGGAAGCAAAAAGCCAAGGAGGCUUGACUAAGGCUCCCCUCCCAGGUACAUGAAAGUAACAAAUGCAAAAUAGUACUACCUUUCGUUUGACAGGUGAUGUGAAUUAUUAAUUUUAUCACUGUAUGUCAUGCAUUUUGAAUGUUUGAAAACCGUAUCUUCAUGCUAGACAGAAUGCAUUUAAAGGACUGUAACGUAGAACAUUAUGCAUACGAUGCACUCAUGCAGACGGGUAACAUGAAAGUGAGCAUUUAUUCUUUAAGCUUGUUUGAUGAAAUAUGCUGAUUCUGACACAUGGCUGAAAACAUUUAUAUUCUGGAUUAUGCAAUAUAUUAAAUUUCAAACAUAACUGUCACAGACUGGAUGUAAUGCAACCAUUUUCACGUGUUGCAACAGCAUUACAAUCUCGGAAGGUUGGUGAAACAUGACUUUUUAAAAAUUGAUUUUUAAAAAAUUGAUCCCACCGUGCUGGGAACAGGGGCAAGAAAGACAGUGCAUACGUUUGUGUUGUUUUUCAUCCUUGUUGCUAGCACUGGGGAUAUUAUCAAUUUUUAAAGAAUCAUAUGUUGCAUUGAAAUUUGCAAAAGGGGGUCCUGUGUGACGAUGCAUGUACUGAUCUUUUGCACUGUGGUCGUGCAAGUAUUGCAUUUAAAGGAAAUGCUUGCUUGUUUACACCAGGUUGCAGGCUCACGUGAAAUAAUGUUAUGACUAGAGUGUGAAUUUUAACGCAAAUGCAUGUUGUUGUUUUUUCGCGAUAUGGUUUCAUAUCUGGACAAUGAAAAUGCACAUUUGAUCUUGCUUUGGGACCUAUGAGAAGGAACGUGAAGAAGGUAGAUGUUGCAUAUAAACGCAUGUUUUGCACGUUAUGCCAUAUUUCGCAUGAAAAUGCACGCAUAGUGCAUAUUUUGCCAUAUUUUCAGGUGCGAGAGCUUAUAUACUUCUUUUUUCAUGGGUGGUUUUGCUGGUUCCGCAAAGGCUUUGGGUCCUCUUUCGCGAAAAUUCUGGUCAGAAUAUAUAAUAUUUUUUAUGUUUCGGUGGGGUGACGUGUGUUGUUCAGCUCACACCCGGCUCCCUCCACUGCCUGCAUGGCUGAUGGGCCAUACCUUUGGGCCUCUUCCACGGUAUUCACAUUUUAAUCGUCACUGCAGUGCAGUGCCGAAGGCAAAGCCUUCAGCUCUAUGUUUUAUAUCUGUGGCGCAGGUAUUCUUUGUUGAGUGCUGCAGAUCGAGGGUGGUUUUAUUCUAGUGUGUGAUCCCUAAUAAAAUGCUCCAAUUUUUAAAAAUAGGCAUUUGAUGCAUUGCUUUUGUACCAUGAGCAAUGAAAAACAUUGCAUAUAUUUACGAUUUUUACUGCAUAUUUAGAUGAUUUUCGCUGCAUAGUUGCAUGUAUAUUUCUGGAGUUUUUGUUAUGUUUACUUCUAGUUAUGACAAAAUUUUCAACAAAAUUUGCUCUGUCAUCCCAUAUUAAUUGAUAUGGGUAAAAGCGCUAAAAGAGGAAAGGACGAACCACAAACACCGACAUUUCAUUUUUUAGCACUUUUACCCAUAUCAAUGAUGCACCAACAGGCAGUUUUAAAUCCCAUACUAGUCAGGUCUUUCAAGAGAUUAUGCGCGACUUUGCAGAUUUUGCAUACUUUUAUAUUUGUCGGGGGAACUUUUAAUCUUGCAUUUGUACCUUUUGCUAUUCUAGUCACACAUUAUGUGCAGUCAUCGUUUUGUAUACUCGUGACUGUCUCUACACACACAUGCUAAUUAUUACGGCUACAGGCUGUACACUCACUGAGACUUUCUCAUUACAUAGAAGGGAUCAUAAGGUUUUGUUUCAUUGUAUCUCGCUGCAGGUGUAAUAUCCGUGCAGGUUAGACGAGGUUAAUCUAUCACGGGGAUGCUCAAAAUACAGUGGAAUCCACUUACAGUGAUACUGAACAUAGUGAAAGACUGCAUAUGGAGACGUUUUCCAUGAUGGCCAAUGCCAGAGUUGAAUUUGUUGCGUACUUCUAUUCAUAGUGAAUGCUCUAACAGUUACAGUAAACUGUACAGUUAACUGUUGACUCCAGUUACAGUUAACUCCAAAAACUGGUCCAGGAAGUUUGCAUUAUUUGCAUAUUAUUCAUCACUGAUCUUAUUAAUGUAAAGCAAGCUCCUCAUAAACUUGAAAAGUGGGGACACCAAAGAAAGCUUCUUAAAAAAUCAAAAACAUGCUAUUUUUGCAAGUAAAACAUAUUUUGAGGUCUUUUAUCCUCUCAUUUUUAAUUAUACACGUUCCUUUGGUUUUUCAUAGACAUUUCUAUAACUCUGAUGUGACUUACUACAGGUGGUCUGAGCUACAUUCAUAAAAAAGCACAGAAAAUUUGUUACGUUUUUAUCCCUUCCGAAUGCUACGUUAUACCAUGUGUUCACAUGAGCAACAUCCUCAUGGAAUAUUCUAGUGGAAGAAAGAGCAAAAAUAAAUUCUCACACACACAAAAUUAUGCCAGGUCUCAUGGCCAACAUUCGCACAGGCCAGAGUACCGGGAAUGGUGUACUGCGCACAUAGCAGAUGACAUCAUCCGCGCUGUCAUCUGCUACGAAAAUACCUUGCAACCGAACAGCGGAAAGCUAUGACGUUUUGCACAUCUUCCACUGAAGUAUUCUGGGGAAUGUCGCUCCUGUGGAUACACGGACACUGUACUGUUCUUAACCUGUGCACUACGUACUGUUGCAUUACAAUAAGCAGCUCACAGUACCUAAAUGCUGUGCAUGUCCAUUCAGCCUUCAUAUUUACAAACUGUUUUGUGGGGAAGUGGUGCUAGUCAUUCCACACCGUGCAGAGUACUUUACUUUCUUUGUGCACAAAAGAAAUGUACAAUGUUUUAUGCAGCUUGCUGUGAUAAUAAGCAAAUAAAAGCCUUACCUACAAUA